GGAUAUUUUUAUUGUUAUUAGCUAUUGACCAUAUUACUGAAGUUAUGUUCUUUUCUGAUCAUAUUGCUAGUAAUAAGCUGAUAGUUGGAGAUUCAGGUUGAAGUAGGAUGAUGGAAGAAGAGAAUGCUACUCAACGAGGCAUCGAUAACAUGGAAAAUAAAGUUAUAGUAUCCUCAGAUGGCUCAAAUUGUGCACGAGUACAGGACAAGACAGAGAAACAGAAAGUGGCUGCUGCUGCUGCUGAAGUUCCAUACUAUAAGUUGUUAUCUUUUGCUGAUACAAUAGAUCAUGCAUUGAUGAUUAUUGGUUCGAUCGCAGCUGUUGGUAGUGGAAUUAGUUUUUCGAUGAUGGCUGUUUUUUUUGGAGAGAUAGUUGAUUCCUUUGGAAUGACCGUGGAUAACGAAAAAGUUGUUGGUGAAGUUUCUAAGGUUAGCCUUAAAUUCAUUUAUCUGGCUCUGGGUUCAGGUCUUGCUACAUUUGCACAGGUGACUUGCUGGACGGUCACGGGGGAAAGGCAGGCUGCUCGAAUCAGAUGUUUAUACCUGAAAACUGUCUUAAGACAAGAUAUUGGAUUUUUCGAUCAGGAGACUAACACUGGUGUCAUUAUCGAAAGACUGUCUAGUGAUACUCUUACUAUUCAAGAUGCCAUUGGCGAAAAGGUUGGAAAAUUUAUCCAGAUAUUAGCAACAUUCCUUGGAGGAUUAGUAAUAGCUUUUAUUAAGGGGUGGCGUCUGGCGUUGGUCUUGUCAUCUUCGAUUCCUCCACUUGUCCUAUCUUCUGCUGUCUUGACUAUCCUUCUGACGAAACUAGCAUCGCGUGCACAGACUGCUUAUUCAGAAGCUGCAACUGUGGUUGAACAGACAAUAAGCUCAAUUAGAACUGUUGCAUCGUAUACUGGGGAGAGAAGAGCUAUUUCUGAAUAUUACAAUUCUCUGAACAAAGCUUACUAUUCUGGUGUACAAGAAGGUUUGGUUUCAGGGAUCAGUAUGGGUGUUUUCUUUUUUGUUUUCUAUUCAAGUUAUGCUUUAGCAAUAUGGUAUGGUGCAAAAAUGAUUUUGGAACACAACUAUACUGGAGGAGAUGUGAUGAAUGUCAUGAUGGCUACACUGACCGGCUCCUUUACUUUAGGACAGGCAUCUCCAUGCUUGCAUUCGUUUGCUGCUGGAAAGGCUGCAGCGUUUAAAAUGUUUCAGACGAUAAACAGAAAGCCGGUCAUAGAUCCUUAUGAUAUGAAAGGACGGAAACUUGUUGACAUUAGUGGUGACAUUGAACUUAAGAAUGUUCAUUUCUGUUAUCCUGCAAGACCACAAGAGAGCAUAUUUGUUGGUUUCUCUGUGUCCAUACCUAAGGGAACAACGACAGCUCUAGUAGGACGAAGUGGAAGUGGAAAAUCGACUGUGAUCAGUCUAAUAGUGAGGUUCUAUGAUCCACAGGCUGGUGAAGUUCUGAUUGAUGGUAUAAAUAUCAAAGAAUUUCAGCUUAGGUGGAUCAGGGGAAAAAUUGGCCUUGUUAGCCAGGAACCUGUGCUGUUUGGUUCAACGAUAAAGGAUAAUAUUGCCUACGGGAAGGAUGAUGCAACACUUGAAGAAAUUAAAGAUGCAGUUCGACUUGCCAAUGCAUCCAAAUUCAUUGAUAAAUUACCUCAGGGACUAGAUACCAGAGUUGGCGAUCACGGAAGUCAGUUAUCUGGAGGCCAAAAGCAAAGAAUUGCUAUUGCAAGAGCUAUACUGAAGGAACCCAAAAUUCUACUUCUGGAUGAAGCUACAAGUGCUCUUGAUGCAGAAUCUGAGAGGAUUGUUCAAGAUACAUUGGAUAGUGUCAUGAUCAACCGAACUACAGUAAUCGUUGCACAUCGCUUGAGUACAGUAAAGAAUGCAGAUGCAAUAGCUGUACUUCAGGAGGGAAAGAUCAUCGAAAAAGGUUCCCACUUGGAACUAAUGAGAAAAAAGGAAGGAGCAUAUGUUCAGCUUAUACAGUUGCAAGAACUUAGCAAAUAUUCAGGAGAGCAAGAAUCAAAUGAACUGGAUAGUGAAGAGAUAAUCACAAAUCAGCAGAUUCCUGUGACACGAUCAGCAAGUAGGCACUCAUCGGAAGUUGAGAAUAUCAGCCAUCAUCCGGUAUCCUUUUCAGUUAGUGCAGCAGAGAAAGCAGUUGGUGAAUGUCAUGAUCCUAAUUCAACAGUUAUAAUGAGGAAGGAUAAAGAUAACACGUUUUAUCGCUUGGCCUUAAUGACCAGACCAGAGCUUCCAGAAUUAUUACUUGGUUGCAUAGCUGCAGUGGUCAAUGCUCUAAUAUUACCAAUUUUCGGGGUGCUUCUUUCUUAUGUUAUUAAGACUUUCUAUGAGCCAGCUCAUGAACUCAGAAAGCAUUCAGGAUUUUGGUCAUUGUUAUUUCUUGGUCUAGGAUUGACAUCUUUACUAGCAAAACCCUUGAGGACGUUCUUUUUCGCUGUAGCAGGAUGUAAGUUAAUCAAGAGAAUUCGCUUAAUGUGCUUCGAGCAAUUAGUUUACAUGGAGAUUAGUUGGUUCGACAGAAAGGAGAACUCGAUUGGUGCAAUUGGCUCCCGACUAUCUACAGAUGCAGCAUCUGUCCGAGGUAUGCUUGGAGAGUCACUUGCUUUGCUUGUUGAGAACACUUCAACAGCUGUAGCUGGUUUAGUUAUUGGACUUGAAGCAAGCUGGCAAAUGACACUCAUAAUGAUAGUUAUGGUGCCUCUAAUUGGACUACAUGGAUAUCUGCGCUUGAAAUACACUAAUGGUGGUGGCGCUGAUGUUAAGAAACUAUAUGAUGAUGCAAGUCGAGUUGCGCAUGAAGCGGUUGGAGGUAUCAGAACAGUGGCAUCUUUCUCUGCUGAAGAGAAGGUGGUGCAAUUGUACAAAAGAAAAUGUGAAGGUCCAGUUAGAGCGGGAAUAAAAGAAGGGCUAUUGAGUGCUGCAGGUUUUGGUUUUUCAAUGUUCUGCUUUUACUCUGUGUAUGCUGCCAGUUUUUAUGCUGGUGCUCUAUUGACUGAGUCCGGUACGGUCACAUUUGCUGAGGUUUUUCGGGUUUUCUAUGGUCUUAGCUUGACAGCUACCGCGAUUUCUCAAUCAGGUGGCCUUGCUCCCGACUCCUCCAAAGCCAAAACUGGUGCAUCUUCAAUCUUUGCACUUCUUGACCGACAAUCCAAGAUAGACUCGAACAAUAACUCAGGAAUGAUAUUGGACAAUGUGAAGGGAAACAUUGAGUUUCAACAUGUCAGUUUCAAUUAUCCAAGUCGACCUGAGGCUCAAGUCCUAAAAGAUCUAUGCCUAUCCAUUAGCUCUGGUGAGACGGUUGCUCUGGUGGGAGAAAGUGGGAGCGGAAAAUCAACAGUUAUUUCCUUGUUGCAAAGAUUUUACGAUCCCGAUUCAGGCCUAAUCACAUUAGAUGGACUUGAAAUUCAAAAACUGAAUGUGAAAUGGUUGAGAGAGCAAAUGGGACUAGUAAGCCAGGAGCCUAUAUUGUUCAAUGACACAAUCAGAGCCAAUAUAGCAUAUGGAAAAGAAAGUGAUGCCACAGAAGCAGAAAUAUUAGCUGCUGCUGAGUUAGCAAAUGCUCACAACUUCAUCAGUGGCUUACAACAGGGCUAUGAAACAGUAGUUGGUGAAAGGGGCAUACAACUAUCUGGUGGACAGAAACAAAGAGUUGCAAUUGCAAGAGCUAUUGUGAAAUGUCCAAAGAUACUACUACUAGAUGAGGCCACAAGUGCGCUUGACUCCGAGUCUGAAAAAGUAGUUCAAGAUGCACUUGAUAGAGUUAGAUCAGGCAGAACAACAGUUGUGGUGGCUCAUAGAUUGUCCACAAUUAAAGGAGCUGAUGUUAUUGUUGUAAUCAAAGAUGGAGUGAUUGUGGAGAAAGGAAAUCAUGAAACUUUGGUUAAUAGACAAAAUGGUAUUUAUGCUUCUCUAGUAUCAAAGUCUGCUAGCACUAUGAAGUAGUGUACAUAUAAGGAGCUGCUCGGUGCACAAAACAUCCCGCAUUCACACAAGUUCCA